AUGCAUGGCCACCACCACCGGGUUCUGCUAGCAAUUCCUGAGGAUUUUGAGGACACCGAGAAUGGGCUUCUGAUGAUUGAAACUUCCAACCCUUCCGAUCCCAAAUCCCAAUUGUCCAAUUCAAAUCACAGGACCCACUGUACUUCCAUUAUGCUGACAUGUUAUAUUCCUAUUGGACCACAUAAAAUAUCACACCUUAAGCGCACCGUAGAUACCAAAACCUCCACAGCUGUAUCUCCAAUCCUUACCGUCUCCAUCCCACAGAAAAGACAUCUAACGAUAAUUUGGAAUGAAGUAGGGGAAACAGAUACUGACAGGGAUAAAAUGCUGCUUGAGCUCGAACAAGAGUGUCUUGAAGUAUACAGAAGAAAGGUGGAUCAGGCGAACCGGAACAGAGCUCAGCUUCGACAGGCUAUAGCUGACUCUGAAGCAGAACUGGCUGCUAUCUGUUCUGCAAUGGGGGAGCGACCAGUACAUAUCCGGCAGCCUGAUCAAAAUACUGGAAGCCUGAAGGAAGAGCUUCAAAAAAUUGUUCCGCAGCUUGAGGAGAUGAGGAAAAGGAAAUUGGACCGUAGAAAGCAGUUUCAUGAGGUUCUAGAGGACAUACGGAAGAUCUCAAGUGAGAUCUAUGGAUCAGCUGAUCAUAAUAUGUUUGUUGAUGAAGCUGACCUCUCCUUGAAAAAGCUGGAAGAGUUGCAUAGACAGCUGCAUGAACUUGAGAAAGAAAAGAGUGAUCGCAUGAAGCAGGUCCAGCAGCAUCUAGAUACUUUGAAUGCACUUUGCUUAGUGCUUGGUAUGGACUUCAAGCACACAGUUAGUGAGGUUCAUCCAAGUUUUGGUGAUUCUGGAGGGUUGAGGGACAUAAGUAAUCAGACCAUUCAGAAUUUGGCUACUGCAAUACAUAAAUUGCGAGAGGUUAAAAUACAGAGAAUGCAAAAGCUCCAAGAUCUUGCAACUACAAUGUUGGAGCUAUGGAAUUUGAUGGAUACUCCUAUCGAGGAACAACAAGAAUAUCAAAAUGUUACAUGCAAUAUAGCUGCUUCAGAGCAUGAAAUAACAGAACCAAACACUCUUUCUGUGGAUUUUAUAAAAUAUGUUGAGGCAGAAGUUUCUCGAUUGGAAGAGUUGAAGUCAAGCAAGAUGAAGGAGCUUGUUCUGAAGAAGAGGUCGGAAUUGGAGGAGAUCUGCAGAAAAAUGCAUAUGAUUCCAGAAAUAGAUGCUGCAGUAGAAUAUGCUGUUGAAGCCAUAGAAUCUGGAAACAUGGAACCUGCGAGUAUACUGGAGCAGAUUGAGCUGCAAAUCGCUAAUGUUAAAGAGGAAGCUUUUAGCAGGAAAGAAAUACUUGAAAAGGUUGAGAAAUGGUUGACUGCAUGUGAAGAGGAGAGUUGGCUUGAAGAGUAUAACAGGGAUGACAAUCGAUACAAUGCUGGGAGAGGUGCUCAUCUUACUCUCAAGCGUGCUGAGAAAGCUCGUGCUUUGGUUAAUAAAAUGCCAGGCAUGGUGGAGGCUUUGGCUUCAAAAACCAUGGCGUGGGAACGGGAGCGAGGCACUGAAUUCUUCUAUGAUGGUAUUCGACUCCUUUCCAUGCUUGAAGAGUACACGAUAUUACGCCAGGAGAAAGAAGAAGAAAAGCGGAGGCAGCGGGAUCAGAAGAAACUGCAGGGGCAGCUGAUAGCUGAGCAGGAGGCCCUUUAUGGGUCGAAACCAAGCCCUUCAAAGCCCCAGAGUGUAAAAAAGGCUCCUAGAGUUUCAACUGGAGGUGCAACCAAUAGAAGACUUUCCCUUGGAGGAGCAAUGCUUCAGACUCCUAGACCACAUUCACGUCCUGGCAAUAAAGUUGAUCGAAUGCAUCAAAAUGAGCAUUCGAAACCCCGCCACCAGGAUGAUGGCUUUGCUGCUUUAUCGGCUGGUAGGAGAGGGUUAGAUAUUGCUGGUCUGCCUAUGAAGAAACACUCAUUUGGUGCUGUAAAUGGUCGUGAACCACUACAAUCACCAAUGCUGCGGCAACCUUUCUCUCCUAUUGCUUCCAAUGUCUCAUCAAAAUCCAACAUGUUGGAAGAGGCAACGACAACACACGAUGACACAUUUAAGAAGAAGAUACUUCCGACAAACGAUCUGUCCUUCAAAACUCCUUCAAAGAAAAAUACUGUCGCGGAUGAAGAGAAUAGGACUCCAAAGGCAAUGCCAAUUUCCGUGCCUACAACACCCUCAACAGUGUCAGUACCAAUGCAGACAGCUAUGACCCCAGCCCCUCCUCCACCAAUUCCAUUUGCAGUUAAUCCAGUUGAAAUUCCCGAAGAAAUAGAGUACUCAUUCGAGGAAACAAGAGCAGGAUUUGUUCUUCCGAACACACAUAUAAAGUCGAUUAUACAACUACAAGUCUGA